AUGUCGAAAGCGAGCAAGGCGAUAAUUAUUGGAAGUGGCCCGGCCGGGUUGGCCGCUGCUCUCCGCCUCAAGGAGCAAAACCGCAAUCUCCAAUGCACCAUUUACGAGCUUCGUAAACAACCCACCACGAUUGGUGGCGCGAUUGGAAUCAUGCCCAAUGGGAUGAGACUCCUUGCCCGCCUGGGCUUACAUGGGAAUCUCACGGCUUGCGGCAGCAGUGCGCAAUUUGUAACCGUCCAUUCCGUUCGUGGACAGGUCUUGGCCGAGCGACCUCUCGUUGGUGAUGCCCUCCAGAAAACCGGAUUUGGGUACCUGCGGAUUAAGCGAACAGCACUCGUGGAAGUUCUGCUUGAGGCAGUCAAACGAGAAAACAUCCCUAUCCGUUACGAUAAGCGUGUCGUUUCCAUCAAGGAGGAAGGUGAUAGAGUAAACGCUACAUUUUCUGAUGGCACGGUGGACUCGGCAGACUUCCUGCUGGGAUGUGACGGAAUUCAUUCUGCAGUUAGAACACUUUACGUCGACCCCAGUCGUGUCCCAGAAUACACUGGGAUGGCCGGUCUGGGAGGCGUUGUCCCGCUCUCCGAGUCUGCGCGAGUAACUAUGAAGAAUCUUGGUGUCACAUUGACCGAGGAUGGAAUGUUCAUUACUGCCCCAUGCACUGCUCGGCAUGACGAGGUAUUUUGGGGACUUUCCAGAGAAGUUCCUCUUCCCGAAUCAGGGGAUGCCAAGGACGGAUGGGAGGUUCGUCGAAAUGAAGAGGUUGAACAUUUCAAAGAGACAGCCACCAAUCUAUUGAAGAAUGCGGAGGGGGAAUGGGGCAGUCUAUUGAAGGAGAUUGUCGAGAGCACCGGAGUCGUUAAUUUCUACCCGGUUCACAAACUACCACCGGGCAGAUGGGCAAGAGGCCGAGUUCUGCUGCUGGGCGACGCAGCGCAUGCUAUGCCUCCUCACGCAGGCCAGGGUGUCUCAAUGGCUUUGGAGGACAUUUUCAUCCUUGCACGAGUUCUCCAGAGCCAAGGAGAGACCAUAUCAUUCGAAGCUGCCUUUGAAAGAGUGGAGGAAAUUCGAAAGCCUCGUAUUGCCGAUGUUGUGGCACGCUCCGUGGAGAAUGGCAAGGCGCGGAGGAAGACCACGCCACUUGGGCUAUGGGCAAAGGAGAUGUUUAUAUGGACCUCUGCACAGUUGUCUUGGUUCUCUGGGAUAUUCAACUUUGGCAUCGACGAGAAGCACCUACAAUACGACGUGGACCAAGAGGAGAUUUGA